AUGAUCUCUCCUGGUGGUAUAAAAACCGUUGCAAUCAUCGGCGCCGGGCUGAGCGGGCUAGUCUCGGCCGUGCAUUUGCUCCGCGCAGGCAUCAACAUCACCAUCUUCGAACGAGCAAACCAUGUGGGCGGAGCCUGGAAAUAUAGCCCACAACCGGAUCGGGAUCCACCGUUUCCUAGCGUUCGACCACCGACUCCGGACUGGGCCGAGGUGGAACGGCUGCAGGGAGAAGGGCUGAGUUACGAGGAGGCGGCGUUGCGGUUCGCUCCGCCAGGCCCGGUGUAUACGAACAUGAAGAGCAGAGGCAACAAAGUGGCCAUGCGGACCUCCUUGGCGAACUGGCCUGACGGAAGCGGGGAUCCUCUGGAUCAUAGCGAAGUGCUAGAGUAUCUCCAGGAUGUUGCUCUCACUCACCGUGUGCAAGACAAGAUUCGUUUCCACACGCGGGUGGAAGCGAUGUCAAAGGAGGAAGGUACUGGUCACUGGCAAAUCCGGACUUCUAGACUCGCUACGACAACAACGAGCUACAAGGUGGAGAGGGAGACGUGGACGUUCGAUGCUGUUGUCGUGGCUACAGGAAGAUACGGCGUCCCUCGCGUCCCUGAUGUGCCUGGACUAUCAACCUGGAAGCGCAUGUUCCCAGACCGGCUGAUGCACGCCAAACAGUACCGCACGCCAACAUCCUUCCGCGGCAAGAGGGUUCUUAUAAUAGGGGCUUUUAUCUCCGCACUCGAGAUAGCCAAGGAGUUGACCGACAACGGUGCCAUGGUGUACCAGAGUGCAACCGAUACUAGGGUCGACUUCAGGGACAAAGCAGAUCAUGAAAAUGCCGUCAAAGUGGCCAUGGUAACCGAAUUCGUCGUGUUCGCGCAGAACCGAGAUGGACACAGCUCAGGUCCAAAGCUGCUCGACGACGAUCAGCCUAUUCCAGGGCAGGUAGUCCUCCAAGACAGGCAAGUACUUGAGGACAUCCACCAUGUCAUAAUAGCAACCGGCUACCUGACCACUUACCCUUUCCUUGGCCCUGUUCUUGAGCAGCCAUUCACAUCACUCGAAGAGGCAGACGACAAGGUGGUUACAGCCGGCGAUGCUAGAACCGUGCAUAAUUUGCACGAGGAUAUCUUUUACAUCCCUGAUCCAACUCUGGCGUUCAUAGGUGUCACACAAUUCGCCUCUACGUUCUCGCUCUACGAUUUCCAGGCCCAGGUUGUCACUACUCUUUCUUAG